AUGAAGCUCUUCCUUCUAGGUGCGGUGCUCUCUGCCGCGCAGAGCGUCACGGCUGCCCUAGAUGCGUCACUCCUUGAGACCUACGUCGACUCUCUCGAGCUGACGUCCUCGUUCAACCCCGUUGAGGCUGCCUACUGGACCGGGUACAAGCACCACCGUCGUACCCCGUUCGCUGUCUCUCCUGAUGGAGAGUCGGCGUACCUUGCGUACCUGGACUCGAGCGAGUCGGGUGUUCACAUUCAGCAGGUUGACCCCAGCACCUUUGAGGCUGUGGGAACUACCGUUACUGUGUCUGGUGGUCAAGAAGCCGGUGGACUCGUCGCUCACAACGACGGCUUCGCCCUCCUCACCAACGAAGCCAUGCCCUCCGGCACCACCAACGCCCCGUCCGACAGCACCCCCGUCCCCGUCCUCUACCGCUACACCAACGGCGAACAAACCUGGAAGACCUGGCUCGGUGGCCCCGACGUCGAGUCCAGCGAAGGCUACCUCGCCUCCCCCGAUCUCAACGGUGACCUCGUCUACUCCUCCGACGCCGGCCUCUACGGCGCCUACUUCGUUGUGACCGCCUACUCCGGCUCUGCAUCCGGCCACUACGGCGACUCGAUCCAGUACGUCAACGACGACGGCGAGCUCCAGACCAUCUCCGGCGCAACCAGCACCUGGGGCUGCAGCCACAACACCGGUAUCGCCUUCGAAGCCGCCUCCGAAGCCCCCUUCGCCAGUAUGUGCGCCGAGGACCAGGGCGCCAUCUGGCUGAACACCAACGGCCAGGGCAUGAUGGACAUCGGCGUCAAGGUCUCGAACGAGAACACAACCAACGGUGCCUCCGGUGAGCCCAUGGGCGGUAUGGGCGGCAGUUACUCCCAGCUCGUCAAGCUCGGCUCUUCCUCCAAGUACCUCUUCUCGUGGCCCACACGCGGUGCCAUCGACGUCACCCUGAACGACUGGAUGGGCGAGGGCUACACCCACGUUCUCCCGCGUAACCUGAACCGCAACGUCGCGGUCGCUCUCUUCUCCGACAAGAAGACUCUCGUCGGCGACCAGGCUACCUCCGUCAUCGGCACUGAAGACGCCGACAGCCAGAUCAACUGGAUCACCGAGGGUGAUGCCGACCACACGAACGUCCACGCUGCUGCUUUCGGCACCGAUAACGCCCUUCUCACCUGGGAGGAGAUCUCCGACCCCGUCUGCGAUGAGUUCAUUGCCAUGGGCUGCCGUGGUACUUUCGCGGGCACGCACUUCCAGCAGGUUGACAGCACCGGUGCGGUCGUUGGAGCCGCCAUCAACUCCUCUGACGUCUACGUUGCCGGUGACAUGGUCAACAUCGGCAGCAAGAUCUGCUGGCCGUAUGUGAGCAUGGAGUGGGAUCUCGACGGUACCGUCAACGAGUGGGAUACUUCCAGCUCCACCACAACCAAGAAGAUCUCCUUCGCUUGUAUCUCGCUUUCUGGCUCCGGCUCCGGCUCUUCUUCUGGAUCUGGCAGCGCUAGCGCCUCUGCUGGUGCCUCUGGCUCUGCUACCGCUACCGCUACUGCCUCCGCUACCGCUUCUGCCUCUGCCUCUGGCUCUGCAUCCUCCGGCUCCGGCUCCGGCUCCCUCUCCCUCUCCACCUCCGUAGCCGCUGAGACCCAAGCCGUCUCCCAGACACAGACCGAAGCCGUGCCCACCUCCGUCGAUGCCAUCAGUGCCACCGAGGCCGUUCCCACCUCCGUCGAUGCCAUCAGCGCCACCCAGCUCCCCGCCUCCACUGACGGCGAGGCCGCGGCUGUCACGGCCCGCCCUAACCGGGGCAAGGGCAAGUGCAGGGCUCACUACCGCCACUAA